GACGCAAAUGCGGAAGUAAAAAAAAUGUUGAAAAAUAGUAUAAAGAUCGCCCCUGGAGCAAUAGUUUGCAGUGAAUGUGAGAUUAAAGGUGAUGUUACAAUAGGUGCCAGAACGGUGAUCCACCCAAAGGCUCGCAUCAUUGCAGAGGCAGGCCCCAUCGUCAUUGGAGACAGUAAUCUCAUAGAGGAGCAGGCUCAAAUUAUAAACAAAGCAAGUGAUGCUGGAGAUGGUGGGACCAAGGCUGUCAUGGUGAUUGGAAACAACAACCAGUUUGAGGUUGGAUGCUAUUCUGAAGCUAUGCAGAUAGGAGACAACAACAUACUGGAGACAAAAGCUAUAGCUGGCAAGACUGUUUUGUUGACGAAUGGUUGUAUAAUAGGGGCCCAAUGUGAGGUGACAAGUAAUGAGACUCUACCAGAGAACACUGUGAUAUAUGGGAGAGAAUGCCAGAGGAGGGUACAAUCUGAGAGACCCCCACCACAGACUCUACAAUUGGACUUUUUAACAAAAAUUUUACCAAACUAUCAUCAUAUGAAAAAGCCAAAUAAAAGAGAAAAGUGA